AUGAGCACUAAACGAGAUGCAAAGCUCGCACUAGGACGAACCGGCAUCAACAUUCAGAAACUCGAUGGCAAUACGCUGAGAGACCCGGUGAAAACAGUUCAUCCUGAAUGCUCUAUAGUAUUGCAUCUACAAGAAAAAGAAGCUGAAUGCUGCCUGUGCACAUUCUACCUUGCGGGACUUAACACCACCACCAAGGCGCAGCUGUCCGGGGAGGGUCCUCGAGAGAGCAUCGCCGACUACAUCGAGUGGGUGCUGGUGUCCAGCAGAUCUUCGUUGGCCGCGGAGGAUGACACCAGCCCCACUCAAGACCCAGAGCCCAGCCUACCAGCAUCCCGACACGCGGAAAACAUCAUGAAUCUUAUUGAUGGCUUCAUCAUCUGGACUCUUAUGGCUACAUGUAAAGGGCUGAAGACAGUUCAUCCUGAAUGCUCUAUAGUAUUGCAUCUACAAAAAAAGAAAAGAAAAGCGGAAUGUCAGCUCAAAAUUGGUUUAACCCAGUCUUUGUUCAGCUAUACUGCCACCAAUGCAGGUUGUCUGGUUGAAUGGGAUGGUGUGCGCUGCUGGCCUGCAGCCAGUGUAGGAGAGACAGCUACAGCUUUGUAACGUAAAAUAAUUAUGGACAUGAAUCUGAUCAACCGCACAUGCACUGGUGAGGGAUGGAGUAGGCUGAGUGUGUCAUAUCACAAAGCUUGCUUUCAGGACAACAGCACAGAGCAGGAAGAGACUGGACACAAAUGAGCGUACUUUGCCAAAGUGAAGUUGAUAUACACAGUUGGGUAUGGUGUGUCCAUUGGUUCUCUUUGCGUUGCAGUCUUCAUCUUCUACAUCUUUAGGAAGCUUCUGUCUACUCGGACCUACAUCCAUCUCAACCUCUUCUCCUCAUUCAUCCUGAGGGCUUUGACUGUGUUUGUAAAGGAUGCGGUGUUAUUCGCAGAUUCAUACGUAACCGAAUGCUAUAUUUCAUCUGUACAGGUUUUGUGCAAGACUGUGGUGACAUUUUUCCAGUAUUGUGUGUUAUCAAAUUUCUACUGGCUGCUUGUUGAGGGACUUUAUCUUCAGACAUGUCUAGCAUUCAACUUCACCAACACAAGAACAUGUUUCUGGUGCUAUAUUCUUAUUGGCUGGGGGACACCAUCUGUCACAGUAAUAAUCUGAACAUUCCUCAAACAUAAAUAUGACAAUCAUAGUUGUUGGGAUGACCUGGACAGUAGCUACUGGUGGAUCAUCAAAAUUCCCGUUUUGCUUUCUGUAUUUGUAAACUUUCUAGUGUUUCUAAACAUAAGAAGGGUUAUAGUUGUGAAGACAAAAACCCCAGAAUCGAAUGGAGGAGACAGGAAACUUUACAGGCGACUGGCAAAGUCAGCUCUUCCAGUCAUCCCUCUUUUUGGAGUGCAUUACAUCGUGUUUGCUCUGUUUCCUGAACAUGUGGGUCUACACUAGGCAAGACUCUUCUUUGAACUUGUGCUAGGUUCCUUCCAGGGUUUCAUUGUUGCAAUGUUAUACUGCUUCUUGAACUGUGAGGUCCAGAAUAAAAUAAAGAGAAAAGAGAUCGGCAAAUAUAAGUUCCAAACUGACAACAACACAUUCCAAAUGGCAACCCAAGACUUUACUACAUAA